GUAUUAUCUAUGUUUCGCCACUUGAACUUGAACCAAAAUCAUAGAUUAAACGACUAAUAAAAUGGCAUGUGAUAAUACAAAAAAUGGUGGUGAAAAUGAAAAUGGAUCUAAUAAAAACAUAGAACCUCCAGAAGAUGAUAACAAUGAAGAUAUAACAGAAGAGUAUGAAUUAUUAGAAUCUACAUUAGAUGAACUUAAUUCUGCAUUGGAUUUCUUGGAGCGUAAAAAUGAUGAUAUUCACCAACAAUUGAAAGAGCUUUUGCAAUCCAAUAUUGCAAUUAGACAAGAAAUGCGUGAAGAAAAUAAGGAAGUCAGCAACAGUAAUUGAAGAAAUGCAAAUACAGCACUAUUUUAAAUUUAAUUGUGCAAAUAUACAUGUUACCUAGUGUAAUUUGUUUGUCUCAAAAGUGUAAAAUAGAAAUUGUUAAUCUUAAUAUUACCAUUUAUCAAUAUUGUGACCAAUACCACAAAGUGAGCGUGAGUUUUAAAUAAUGUAUUAUCAUACAUUUACAAUAUUUAAGUAUGAAUAAUUAUUUAUCUUGUUUGCACCAUUUAAAUGUUAUAAGUUGCAUAUUUAUGUCAGUAGGAAUGAACAAUAACAUUUAGUUGAGCAUUGUUCACAGAAAAAAAUGGG